GGAUUAUAAGGAACAUUAUCAACUGAAAAUUUGUUUGCAAUAAAAAGAAAUUCAUGUUUAGAUCUAGGCCUAAUAACAUUGGAAUUUGGACUAGAUCUAGAGUUGUAGACCUCUAUUGGUUAAUCAACGUUAGACUUGGGCCUGUGAGUGAUUGUCGACAUGGCUAGACUCUAGAGUCUCUAGAUCUAGAAAUCUACUCUAAAUUUUACUCAUAGACCAAUGACAUUUUUAAAAAUUUUAUUUGGGGGCUUAUUAUACUUAUAUAUAGAUCUAGACCCCCCUACACUACAGGCCCAGCUAGACUAUGUCGUGUUUGCUCGGGAAAAAAUACAAUAAGGCAAAAACGCAAAGGGGUCUCAGGUGAUUUUGCCCCUGAAAGUGAAAUGGCCACAAUAGCUGCCAUUAAAAAAAUUAUCUAGCAUAUUUGAAUUUUAUCAGCUUUUUAAAUUCUAAAAAGCAAGUAUAAUAUAUUCUUUCAUUUCUGCAGUUUUCCUUUCAUCAUGUUGACUAAAAAUGUCUUUACAAGUUUAAACUUCCAAUUUACGUGGAAAAGCAAAUUGUUUGAUGUUCCAUAAUAUUGUAUUGCAUAUAUACAGUAGAUCUUGGCCUAGAUCUAUAGAUCUAACGUUAGAUCUACGAGACCAUGGGUGAUGAGAUGGUAGACGAGACCCACUUCCAGUUCCGUGGUCAAACCUUUCUAAUUACAAAUACAAUGUUGAACAAAAAAUAAAUAUUGAAUAUGAAGUUAAAUUUUUCAGGGGAAGUUAUUUUCCAUUUUGUUUACAUUUUUUUAAAACAAUUUUUCACCCUCGAUUGUGUGUAUGAAGUGACAUCCCAGCAAACACAAAAUGUUUCUGAAAUGUUUGGGGUUUAACAUUUUUUAAACAUAUUGUAUGAUAUUUAAUAAUUACUUAAUGUUCUGAAUUUUUGCAUUCUAAAAUAGUCACAAAGUUUGAUUUCUGAGAAAAAGUGGAAAUUAUCAACAUAAUUUAUGUACUCCAUCAUAAAGGCCAAUGGAAAAUACAUUCUUGUAUACAACUGUAUGACACAAAAUCUACUUGACUAUAAAUUGAACUCAGAAUAUGGAUUGUGGUUCCUUGCAAGAAUUCGAGUCUUAAUUUCAUACAAUAAACAAAAUAGAGUAUGAUAAAAUGAAACUGUUUAAUGACCUUUGGGAUACGAUGCAGCUGACCGAUCAUGAAAAUUAAACCUUGAAAAAUGUAUCGUGGUAUGAGUAAGUUUUGGCCCAUUUACCAGGACUAGCAGAAUUUUUAUGCGUUGAGUCUAUUAAUAAUUUUUUUUUAAGAUGGUGAUCUGACACCAUGUCCAGAUGGUCACGGUGAUAAAAAAGCAUGAAGUUCAAAUUGCUUGACAUUGGCUUAACUAUAAAAUGAAAGAAAGAAAUGCAAUAAGCUUUAUUCUGUCUCAAUUGUUUUUUUUUUCUUCUUCUUUCUUUCUUGUCUAUAGUAAUGGAUCAGGUUUGGAAAAUUGAGAAGACUAUCAAGACCAGGAUUAUAAAGGUAAAUUGUAUUUUGGAAAGAAUGUAAAAUUAAGGUGUCUCAUAAAGAGCAAAUUUGCCCAUUUGAUAUCAACACAAAUAAAAACAUGUCCUAUAGGCCUACAUGUACAUCAACUUUUGAAAUGAAUUAGGCUAACUGAUUUCAAUGAGAACCCAAAAGCAGCUAAUUAAUCGAUUUGUUGGCUCAGUCAGUAGCGCGUCCACCUCAUAAGCGAUCGGGAGGUUGUGUGUUUGAUACCUGGCCAUGUCAUACAAGACUUUUAAAGAUGGGAGUUGCUGCUUCCUUGUUUGGCAUUCAACAUUUGAAUGUAGAUCUGGCAUUGCUCAGUGGCUGCCUAGCCCAAGAUCAAUGGGGCAAAGAGAAUUUCCAUUUCGGACAACAUUAAGAAUUUUAUUUUUUUGGUUUUGCUUUUGUUUUUUUGUUUUUUUUUACUGUAAUGGUGAUUGGUGAAACAUACAAUAUGAAGUCUAUGAACAGAGUACAAGCAAAAAAAACCUACAUGCAGGGUGUCCUCUGUUGGAUACCAAUAUUGUUUAUGGUUCUUGGAUAAUUAGACCUUUAGAAAACAAUUAAAACACAUUAUUCCUGUGUCCAAACUAAGUUUUUAUUUUACCCACCCACUUGAAGACACAUCACUCGAUUUAGAACUGUCAUUUCAUGAAGGGUGUGUUUUUAUACUUUACAAGUACAUUCUAUAGAACUUUACUAUUCAAAUGAGGACAUCAAUAUUCUGUGUAUAAAAUAUUAUGCAUUUUGCAUAGACGUAUACGAUUAACAACCAGAUAAUUCACUUAAAUUUUGAACAAUUGAUUUUUGUUCUUCAGAGUACAUGUAAUUUUAAUGUAAAGGAAAUUGGGCAGGAAAACACAUACAUGUAGUUCAAGUAUUAUAAAGGUCUACAGUCAAACACUGAGCUCCAAAUCCAGUGUGCAGGGGUGACAAUUAUGACCUCUGUGGAACUCAAAAUUAUCUUUGACCCCACUUGACCUGGCCCCAAACCCUCGAAAACUUUGGUAAAGAUGAAAAUGUUGACAUGCCUCCUCAAAUCGUUGAACAUGAUUGUACAGAAGAUAAUCCAUUGACAUAUGCAGGGAUGCCAGUUUUCAGGCUAUUGCCUGAUUUCUGCACAUGAUAUAAUUAGCAUAAUUAGAAUAGUGACCUACAUGUAAUUAACAUUAUCUGUAAUACAUGGGAUAUGUUGCUAAUCUUAUUCCAAAAAACUCUGUAAACAUGGAUGAAAGGAAUAUCCACUGCUAUCCUUCAUGUAUAAACAAGGAAUUCAUUUAUGACACUUGUUUAAAUUUUGUUAGUAACUAGUGCUUAUGUCUUUAUGUAAUCAGCAUAAUGAGCUAAUAUGCAUAUUUUCCUAUGGGUAUCAUUUUCAUUGUUUAUCUAGAAAGUCACAGAAAGGUAUGAAAAUAUGCAUUUUCGCAUUUAAUGGGUCAUAAUAAUUCAUGCAUGAAUUAUCAUAGUGUUUAACUAGGUGGAAAACAAAGGCUCUACCUUUUCUUUAAUACGAUAUACCAUUCAAUAGAUUUUAUGGCAUAAUGUUUUUGUUUUUUUUUAAAUUAAUUUCCAGCAUAGUAAAUACAGUGUUGUUAAUGUUCAAAACGUGAGGGGGUUGAAUAAUUCUGCAUGCAACUGUAAGACAUUAUUUACGGGUUCCAUUUUCAAUCUCAUACAUGUACGGUAGGUCAAUGCCAGUGCAGUAACAUAUUUUUAUUUUUCAUUAUUUUGUUAUCAAAUAGGAUUGAUGCAUCUGAAGAAGAUUCUUGUUUGGCUCGUUAUGCGAAUGAUAAUCACAGGAAACCAAAUGCAGUCAUGAAGCAAAUGCGAUUUGGGGAAAAGUCCCACUUGUGCUUGUUUGCUUUGACUGAUAUACCAGCAAAUAGGGAAAUACGAUAUGAUUAUGGUAAUAAUAACCUGCCAUGGAGGAAGACCACACAGCAACCUGGUAACCUGCUGAACAAUCCUACCAGUAGUUCUUGCACAAAUGGAGAUGGUACAAGUGCCCCAACACAGCAAGUCAGCAACUCUCUUGGCAAUAGUUCCAGCACAACUAGAGAAGUUGCAAGUGCCGCGACACAGCAAGUCAGCAACUCUCUUGGCAAUAGUUCCAGCACAACUAGAGAAGUUGCAAGUGCCGCGACACAGCAACCCAGCAAAAAUUCCAGCACAAUAAGAGAUGGUACAAGUGCCCCAACACAACAACUUGGUAAAUCACUCUGCAAUUCUACUGAUACUUCUACCGAUACUAGCACAACUGGAGAUCAUGCAUGUGCUCCAACACAGAACAACCUGCUUGAUGGCAAUAGUUCCAGCAUAACCAGAGAUGAUACAAGUGCCCCAACACAGCAACUUGGCAACCCACUCGGCAAUGCUAUUAGUAUUUCUACCACAACCAGAGACAGUACAAGUGCCCCAACACAGCAAGUCAGCAACUGUCUUGGCAAUAGUUCCAGCACAAGAAGGGAAGGAGCAAGUGCAGUAACGCAGCAACUCGCUCAGCAAUCCUACUAGUAUUUCCAGU